CAGCCCAGAAGAGCAUUAGCAGAGGAGCUGGGAACCUGGGAUUCUUCCGGAGCUCACUAAUUUGCCACGCCUGUGAGGCCCUUACUGAAGAUUCUAGCCAGGUAGACAUUGGUGCUUUGUGGUACCCACAGGUCUUCGGCGUUAAUGACCCUUAAGGCUCUUAAGCUUGCGAAGGCCAGGAAUCCAUCUGUGUGUGGCCGUUUUUCUCAGUAAACUAUCAAGGUGAUGGUUCCAGAUCAGAACUGACCCAAACCCGCGUUUCUCAUUCUCGCUGAUGUUUGGCGGCAUUUUGGAGCACUAGCGAGAACCAUGGCCCAGAGAAGUCCGUUCAUGGUCAGUACAAUGGAAAAGCCUCAGACCAAUGACUCUUUUCAACAUGAGCUUGAAGAUUUCAUUAGAAAGCAGAGAGCCAGGAUUACAAGCAGGAACCUUGGAUUACAUCCAAGGACCUUUGUCAGAAAUACGGCAGAGGAAUCUUUUCACCAAGAAAGAGACUGCGUCAGCUGGGGAGCCCCAAUGCUGGGGCCACCUCUCUCAUCCAGAAAACACCCCAGAUCCUCUACUUCCUACGAAAGGCCGACAGUGGAAGACCUGGUACCUCACUGCACACGAAAACUGGAAUCUCUAAAACGUCAUCAGAAAAACCAGCCAGUCAGUCAGGAUGGACACCAGGAGUGGGGAGGAGCCACCGGUGUGGAGCAAGGGACGCUCAAGAGAAAACACCACAGAGAGAAGGCUUCCCACAGAGAAGACGGAGGCCUCAGCAGAAGGAAGGCCUCAGCGGAGCCAGCGGGAACUGACAAGUCCGAGCCCAGAAAGAGGACCCGCCACGAUGGGAGAGACCCCACCAGAAGCAGACGCCAGUCCCACAGAGAGAAGAAGGAACCAGAGGAGAGGGAUUUGUGGGAUGAAGCUAUCUUGGGCAGUUGCCACUGAUGUUUGGGCAUUUGGGGUCCCCAAAAGUCAACAACUUGGUUCUGUUGGUAAGGGUGGAUCAAAUACCUCAAAGCAAUUAGAUGUCAGGCUUCUGCCAUGGUCCAUUUGCUCUGCUGGUGUGGAGCAUUCAGAGGACUGACCUCCCCCUGACCAGGACUCACUUUCCCUUCUGUGCUCGUUGCUGUCUCCAGCAGCUCUAUUGUUUCUGCCCCUGGACACUCUGGAAAAUCCAGCUGUUUUCUUACCAUUGUUGCUACCAUGGAAACCACGGGGGCAAUACCUGCCGCCACCUUGGCCAUUGCCACCAUUCAGAAGCUGCUCCUGCUGCCAUCCACUCCCUCUUCUCGUCACCACUCAGCCCCUCUACUAGCGAUAAAGAGCAAAAGAAGACGAGAGGGUUGUGAUUUACACCAGUCAAGUCGAAUGUGCAUGUGACACACAAGAGCUCUCUCACUGAGCUACAUCUCAUCCCCAAUCACAAGCUGCCUUCUGAUGGGCCACCAAGGGAAUUUGACUCCAAGCGCCCGGAGUCAAAUUGGCUGCAGGGUUACCUAGCGUGCACCAAGGAUUAUAGUGAGCAGAGAUCUGCAUGUGCUGUGUGAAACAGUCAUGGCGAUAAUAUCUGGGAUUGAAGGCAUUCACAGCCAGGCCCAACCAAGAGCGAACUGUUUUUUUUGUUCAAGAUACAUUCGCCAGAAGCUAUUAAACAAGAAAAGGUAAUAGAUGUAUUUGCCAAAACACUUUUACUUUGUGUAAAGCAGAAAAUUUUGCUCUAAAAUCUACAAAAAUUAGAAUCUUGACAGUAAGCAUUAAACACACACACACACACACACAGAGAAAGACACAGAGUAUCUGGUAGGAUGGGCUCAGGACACAAGAAUGGGAUGGGUAGAGGACAGUGAGGGGUCGACUAACCUUCACGGGGCGAGUGAGGGCUCAGGGUAAAGGGACUUGUCACUAAGCCUGGCUUCCCUGACUUUGAUCCCUGGGACCCACACUGUAAAAGGAGAGAGCCAGCUCCUGCAAUGUGCUGUUUUUAUUUAUUUUAUUUUUAUUCAGAAUGUCGUUUCAUAUGAGCCUUUUCCAGGAGAUAUUUGUAAAGGCAAGAAGCAGAGUGGGAAAAGCACCUUUAUCACUCUGUUAGGUUCCCCACUGGAGUUAUCAAAUGAUCCCCUCCUAAAACAGGACGUCCCCGCUAGUCUGGUUUCACUACUUGGCCUUUUAUUCUCUUCCAGUAGAUGGCACUAGAAGGUCAUUGUAGAGUAGGGGGGGGGAGCUUUCCUCCCCUUUCCCUGGCUUGCCCUUUUCUUGGUCACAAAAAUGGGGAGGUUUUGGGGCAGGUCCUACCUGUAGCCUGCACGCCUGGGCAAAUGUCUUUGUUAGUGGACUGGCUCAGUUCUAGCUGCAGAGUCUAAAUCUCAGCGGUUGUGGAGAGGACCCUCAGCCUCCCCCACCCAUUGUACCCCCUCAGCCCCACCCCUGGAGCCCCAGGCCGGCCAACCGCCACCUGCAGGUCACAGCAAGCCACCUGCUUGUCGCUCUUGAGCUGGCAAUGGUUCUUGUAUUUGAAUCUCAGCGAUACAAAGUGGAGAUGUCGUCAUCAUCGAAAUGUAUGUCAAAGCAUGUACUUGUGGGCCUGGCGGAUGGCUCAGUGGCCGAAAGCAUUUGGCGCCAAGCCUGAGGACCUGAGGUCAAUCCCUGGGUCCCGCAUUGGUGGAUGGAUGGAGAACCAAGUCCCCCGAGUUGUUCUCUGGCCUCCACAUGUGACAAGCACCCACUCCCUGUACC